AUGAAUAUUCAUCCAAAUCUUUUCAACAUCCACAACAAUUGUUAUAAUUUACAACACAAGAAUUCCGAGGAAACCACUCAAUUUUCAUCAUCAGCAUCAACGAGUCCAUUCUUACUCUUUGUUCACGCCUCUUCCAAGGAACAACAAGACAAUUCCGAAUUACACAAUCACGAGGAAGAUAUUGAAGAUUUUAAUCCUCCAAAAACCACUCAACACCAUCAACUUCUUGAAGACGAUUCAACAACAACUAGCCAUCCCUCUUUUGCAGUGAAAGCCUUUCUUACUGCUUUCUCUCUAUUAUGUUUCCUAUUGACCGUUAUACUCUUUGUGUUGUUACGAUUGAAUGAAGAAGAUGGUAUGUCUAUCUGGGAAGAGGAACAAGAAUUAGUGAAAGCCUCUCUUAAAAGUACAUCUCCAACGAGUUCGACUUCAACAACAACAACACUGCGUGAUCAUCAAACGAAUGUACAAGACAUUUUACCAUCCCGAUUAUUAAAACAAGCCAGUAUGUUACUUUCCAUGAUGGGAUUUGCUUCAUUACUCUACGCAUGGACAACAGCAAGUACCAACAGCACGACGAAUUUCAUGGUAAAAUUGUGGCCCUAUGUAUUAAUUUUGGGAUGUGGAAUCAGUAUUGCAGGAUUGAUUCGAAUCGGAAUUCGGUAUGGCUUUUAUUUGAGGAAACAGGAAGAAGAGAGACAACGAAAGAGUUUUUCAACCAGAGUCAAACGUUUCUAUGUGUAA